AAAGUGAUGUCACGCGAAGCCACAAGGGGACCUGGGAUUUACCAAAUACCUUCCAGUUGAGCAGGAGUCCUGCCAAGUAAGGGACAACCUCCUCCUCCUCUCUUCCUCCUCUUCCAGCGGCGACAAGUGCAGACAAUCGACGGAGGAGAAUUGAACAAAUUAUCUACCUUUCCGCUCUCCUUCCUGGACGGUAACGAUCGACGAGGUCUCGGCUCUCUGCACGCCGUUAUCGAGCGAGCUGCGGCCGCCCUGAUUGUUGUCAAUAACAGAGAGAACAGCGCCGGCGAUUAGGAGGGGGGGUUCCCCGGCAGAUGAUGCCCUUUCCUGCGGGCCGGUGAGGAGCAGCACCGACCUCCGGCUUCCCUCCAGCAGCUUGUUGUUGUUGUUGUUGUUGUUGCGGCGCGGUUGAUGUGGAGGUGAUGGACGGUCCUCUCCGCCGCCCAGCGGGGAUCCUCGGCUCCCCCUCGGCUUCUGGGAGCCAGCCCGCGGGCUCCGACAUGCUCACCUCCGGCAGCAGCAGCAAGCCUCUCGCUUUCUCCAUCGACCGGAUUAUGGCCAGGACGCCCGAGCCCAAGUCGAUACCGCUUCCCAGCUGGUUCCAGUCCGCUCCCGUGGGGAAACCCGACGCCUGUCCGUCCUCGCUGCAUUGUAUGAUCCCGCUGGUCCCACUCGGGUACGAGCCGGGCCACCGGCUCAGCGUCACCGGGCUGGAUCCGGGCCACUUCGACGCUUCUUCUCUCGCCGCUCCCGCAGACUUUUUGGGCUUUGGGUUGAACUAUAAGAACCAGCAGGAGGACUCCGCUGUGAGCCAAAGCACCGGCCAGUACAAACUCUUCAGACCCCGCGUGGUGAACCAGUCCUCCUUCCCCACCAUGGGCACCGUGUGCUACCUGAACUGCAGCGGGGACAGCGGUGCGUGUCCCCCGCCGGCCGGCCUGGUCAACCUGCACCCGAUGGCCUCCUACCUGCUCACCGCCCGGCACAAAGCCUUCAUGGCGGAGAAAAGCAAGCCGGGCCUGCAGCAGGCCGGAGAGCGGUACCCGGUGUCCGGCGUGCAGGCCUUCAAGGAGCUGUCUCAGAGCCAGAUCCAGCACUACAUGAAGGAGCGGGACCAAAUCCUAACCGACAAGAUCUUCAAGGGCUCCGCGGCGGCGGCGGCGGCGGCAGCGGCUCGGCUCAGCGGGUCCUGUCCCGGCAACAAGCCCAAAGUUUUCACCUGCGAGGUCUGCGGCAAGGUGUUUAACGCGCACUACAACCUGACUCGCCACAUGCCCGUGCACACCGGCGCGCGACCUUUCGUGUGUAAAGUUUGCGGGAAAGGAUUCCGACAGGCGAGCACACUGUGCCGACACAAAAUCAUCCACACUCAGGAAAAACCGCACAAGUGUAACCAGUGCGGGAAAGCCUUCAACCGCAGCUCCACCCUCAACACGCACACACGCAUCCACGCGGGAUACAAACCGUUCGUGUGCGAGUUUUGCGGGAAAGGAUUUCAUCAGAAAGGAAACUACAAGAACCACAAGCUGACGCACAGCGGGGAGAAGCAGUUCAAGUGUUCCAUCUGCAGCAAGGCGUUCCACCAGGUGUAUAACCUCACCUUCCACAUGCACACGCACAAUGACAAGAAGCCCUUCACCUGCCCCACCUGCGGCAAGGGCUUCUGCAGGAACUUUGAUCUGAAGAAACACAUCAGGAAGCUGCAUGACCCGGCAGGCCCGCAGUCGCCACCGCAGGCCUGAACAUUGCCUCUGUACCCGUCAUCCCAAUUCACCAAAAAAAUACAUCAGGUCCGCCGUGACCUCCCCCGUCAGGCCUGGAACUAAACUUACAGAAUAUGCCAGAUGUACGGAUGCACCCUGUAGGUGUUAGGGAUUUUUUUUUCAUAAAUUAGGAACUUGUGCCCUCGCUUGACCAAUUUUUGUAUUUUGUUACCCCGAAUUAGUAACUCAGAAACCUCCUGACUUAAUUAAUUUCUUUUAAUCAAUAAUUAAUUAGAAUUUACUUCAAAUCACUAAAUCCUGCAUUCAGAUAUCUUCAUAUGGCCACUUUUGUCUUUCCUGUACAGCCAUGAAAUAUCUUUAAUUUGGACUCUUUUGAGACCUUAAAAAUAAUGGUCUAAAUCAAAGCAGCAGAGGCCAAGACUGGAUUCUGUCUUUGGAUUAGAAUCUCCCAGCCUUGUAAACACCUGCAUUUUUCAAACUCCACAUGUCCAGUUUGUAACGCAAAUUUUGUCUCAGACAAAAGUUGACAAUCAUGAUCAAUCAUGAAGAAAUAUGGUGAACCUCAUUUCCAAAAUCUGGGCAGUGGCCUGGCUGAAAAGGGACACAUUUUUGCAUUAAAUUAUGAAAUCCAACAGUAUUUUGUCACAUUAUGAUGAAAUGUGAUCUCUAUUUACUAAAGUUUGGGGUCAGUAAAACUUAUGUAAAACAUUUUUGAUGAGGUUAGUGUAUGUUUUAAAGAAAGGGUCAUUUCUUAAAUACAAAUGCCUACAAAUAACAGACAUUUUUCAUUUGUACAAAUUUCUCUGAUGCGCCGCCCUAAAUGUCACCCAGAAGAAACACACAAGGAAACCCUGUCCUUGACUCCUCCAGUCACCUCUCAGGCCUGUUGACCCCCAGCCUCACCUAACCCCCCGAACUUGACCCUGAAAAAGCCAUCAGGACACUUCCUAACCCCUCCAGGACCCACAGUGGCAGUGGCUCAGACCUAAUAUGACCAAAACCUUGACCCCUGACCUCUGAACCCUCUGGCCCUGACACAGGCCUGGAAACUGGCGGGAGAAAAGCUUGCGACUAGCCACGAUGCUUCUGUUGCUCUCAGCUCAUGCUGGACUGAGGAGACUGUACAGAGGACACACUGAACUUUAACUUUCCUGCCCUGAUUAUUAGUUGAUUAUUACGGUGGCUAAUUAUUAUAUCAUUAGUCAUCAGUGAUUAUUAGUUUUCAUUAUUUUUCAGUUGCAUCUCAGGAUGUGAGAUUGAUGAACCCUAAUACCAGAGAUGCUGCAAAAAAAGGAGGUGAAAAAACCCCGAAACAACACAGAUCAAGUCAUAUUUGACCCCAUUUUAUUGUCAAAAACAGGAUUUACUGCCAUACCAACAAAUGUAUUGGUAUUUUUUAUGAUGUCAACAAAUCCAUGAAAAAACAACGAUGAUUUGAUCCCACUAACAAGUACUGUGUGUAUCAAACCCUGAUAUAUCUUAUUCCUCUGUGUGAUAGAGCUCCAGUGUUGUCCAACAACUACUGAAAGCCACACUGUUGUAAAUAGUCCCCAACAAAUUCCAUAUUUCCUCCUGUUUGAGUAACGUUGGAUAAAAGCUACAGUGAGGAGUUGUUGAAAGUACUGAAAGAAGGACUGACACAUUAUUGUUUUUCAUCUUUUUAUUGGAUUUGUUGACAAAAAUGCAGAAUAACACCAGACUUAUAGUUGUCAUCACAUGACCCCGAUAUGGAACUUGGGUCACAUGAUAGCAGGUGUUUGUUCUGUACUGACUCGAGACUGUUUGGAUGUGCUUACGUCCACACAACGGUGAAGAAUGUCUGACCUUCAUUACAACUUGGGUUUUAUCAUCGGUGAUUACAUUUUACUCACAGAGCUGAGAUCUGAGGACACAGUGACAUCGCUAAAAAGAUGUCUGCAAACACGAGCAAACGAUGUUGUGUGUACACAGUUUUCCUCUUCAAUUCAGGAUUUUUACCCAAAUUGUCACUUUUAGUACAACGUUAUUAUUAAUGAUAGAAAUGAUGGUCAAAGCUAUGAAAAUAAGGCCCAAGUUGUAAUAAACCAGAACGUUACCACUAUAAGACUGACUAUUCUUCUACACGGUUGAUGUGAUCUGGAUAUAAACACCCUCAAAUUAAAGCUGACAGUAACAAAUUCAACUUCUGUUUCAAGUAAAAAAACUAAAAAAAAACUGUCGGGCUGUACUCAGAUUCUCACCUCUGCAUCUCUGGUCCUGACUGGCGGAGGAAGACGAGCUGAGGCCUUUCAGUCAGUUGUUAUUUUUGAUUUCAAUCUCAGGAUUAUUGUAAAAAGAAGUGUUUUAUGAUAUUUAUUUUAAAUUCUACCACUGUUAUAAAAGAUUCUUGUCAAGGUGAAGGUUCAUUUCUUUCGGCCUCAUGCUGCAGACGCUUAACAAGGAAAAUAAAUGAUAUCAACUGUG